GUAGAGAAAAUGGAGGAAAUUCUUUCAACAGUUGAACCUGAUAUAAUGAAGUCUGAACCAAAUCGUGUGGAAAUAAUAGCAUCAAUUGCUGAAUGUACUGAUGGAAGUAUAAUUGCGGCAAGAGUGGCUGGAAUGCAUUGUGAAUUCUUAAUAGAUUCGGGAGCUCAAGUCAACACAUUUACAGAAGAUAUGUUCUAUAAGCUAAGAAGUAACUCUCAAUAUAGCUCUGGGAUUUUCAAUAUUCAAAAAGGUUCCGACCGCCCUUUGAAAGCAUAUGCUACAGAAGGUGAAAUAAAUGUGUCGGCCACAUUCGAAGCCUAUUUAUAUAUAUCUGAGAAUAGACCGGUUCUGUUGGAAAGAUUUUAUGUCGUUAAAGCGUUUCGUGCACUGCUAAGCAGAUCAACAGCUACAAGGUACAGCGUUCUGAUGCUUGGUCUGAGUGUCCCAAUAUCAGUGGAAUCAAACACGAAAUUCUGCUUCCACUUUGACGAUAUAGCUUCAAUCAAUAUGAAUGAAAAAUUUCCCAAGUUUAACAUUCCUCCAGUAAAGAUCAAUUACAACAAGGCAGAAUUGCCGUGUCGUAAUAUUUACAUGAAUAUCCCACAAGCAAUGAAACCGCUUGUUGAAACCAGGCUCAAACAUCUGGUAGCUGCUGAUAUAAUUGAGAGAGUUUCAGAGAACAUGGACACAUCGUUCUGUUCAUCCAUGCUUGUUGUCCCAAAGGGUAAAGAUGAUAUUCGUUUGAUCUUCAUGGAGCAACAUGGUUUUCGACAAUUGAUCUGUCAAAUGCGUUUUUCCACAUUGAACUCGACGAGGGCUCCAGACACCUUAUGA